ACAGAAGACCCGGGCCCUGAAGCUUCUUUGAUUGGUUCUUUUAAGCAGGGAAGUUUGCCGGCGUGGUAGGCAGCCUCCCUCACAUUGGUGUCCCACGUACGCUCUUGUUUAGCCUUCCCGCUUCUGCGCAGCUCGACCCGGCCGAAGCCUUCAGCCUGCCCCCUUGUCUCUCUGCCCCUUGUGAACAGCAUGUCUGAUUACGGCGGUCUGCCGACAAAUGGAGUCGGUGCUGGGAUGAAAAAAGAUGCUUUUGCCGAUGCUGUUCAACGAGCCCGACAGAUUGCAGCUAAAAUUGGUGGAGACGGCGUUCCCUCAGUGAGCAACAACGGAGGAGCUGAGAGUUAUCCCUUCGCAGCACAGAAACGAUCCUUGGAAGAAGCAGAUGAACCUGAUGCUAAGAAGGUAGCAUCACAGAGCGAAAUAGAUUCUGCAUUGUCUAUCGGAGCUCAGCUCGCUACCCUGUCCCAACAAAGUGCCAGGCCCUCCACAAUGACAGAAGAGUACAGGGUGCCUGAUGGCAUGGUCGGCCUUAUUAUUGGCCGAGGAGGUGAACAGAUUAACAAAAUCCAGCAGGAGUCUGGCUGUAAGGUCCAGAUUGCACACGACAGUGCCGGUCUUCCAGAAAGAAGUGUUUCUCUAACAGGAGCACCAGAUGCUGUACAGAGAGCCAAGGCGCUCAUAGAUGACAUCGUGUCCCGGGGUCAUGAGACAAGCAAUGGGCAGGCAGGUUCCAUGCAGGAGAUGAUCAUUCCUGCGGGCAAGGCCGGCCUUAUCAUAGGCAAAGGAGGAGAGACCAUCAAACAGCUCCAGGAGCGAGCUGGAGUUAAAAUGAUUCUUAUUCAAGAUGGAUCCCAGCCUCCGAACAUCGACAAACCCCUGCGCAUCAUUGGAGACCCCUACAAAGUGCAGCAAGCAAAAGAAAUGGUUAAUGAGAUUCUACGAGAAAGGGAUCAUGCAGGAUUUGGAGACAGAGCCGAGUACGGUUCAAGGAUGGGUGGAGGAGGAGGAGGAGGUGGUGGUGGAGGUGGCGGCGGUGGUGGUGGUGGUGGCGGCGGCGGCGGUGGCGGCGGCGGCGGCGGUGGCGGUGGCAUUGAUAUCGCCGUGCCCCGUCACUCUGUGGGAGUUGUAAUCGGCCGAAACGGAGAGAUGAUCAAGAAAAUCCAGAGCGAUGCUGGAGUGAAGAUACAGUUCAAACCAGAUGAUGGUACAGGUCCAGACAAAAUAGCUCACAUCAUGGGUCCACCGGAUCAGUGUCAGCAUGCAGCCUCCAUCAUUACUGACCUGCUACAGAGCAUCCGUGCCCGAGAAGAGGGCGGACAAGGAGGUCCCCCAGGCUCUGGUGGAGGGAUGCCCCCUGGAGGACGAGGGCGAGGUAGAGACCAAGGAAACUGGGGUCCUCCCGGUGGAGAGAUGACUUUCUCCAUCCCAGCUCAUAAAUGUGGGCUCGUCAUUGGCAGAGGAGGAGAGAACGUCAAGGCCAUCAACCAACAGACCGGUGCGUUUGUGGAAAUAUCUCGCCAGCCACCGCCAAACGGAGACCCAAACUUUAAACUGUUCACCAUCCGUGGGUCCCCGCAACAGAUUGAUCAUGCAAAGCAACUCAUAGAGGAGAAGAUUGAGGCUCCACUUUGUCCUGUGGGGGGUGGUCCUGGUCCAGGAGGCCCAGGUGGACCUGGUGGUCCGAUGGGUGGUCCAUACAACCCCAACCCUUAUAAUGCAGGGCCUCCUGGUGGUGCUCCUCAUGGAGCUUCACCUGGUGGUCCCCAGUUCUGUCCUCAGGGUUGGGGAAAUACCUAUCAGCAGUGGCAAGCUCCAGGUCCACAUGACCCCUCUAAGGCAGCGCAGGACCCGAACGCAGCAUGGGCAGCCUACUAUGCACAGUAUUACGGCCAACAGCCAGGAGGCGCAAUGGCAGCUCAGACUCCGGGAGCCCCUGCUGCAGCAGCACCAGGGGACCAGGGCCAGGCUGGACAGGCCUCUGGGGGGCAGCCUGAUUACACUAAAGCUUGGGAGGAGUACUAUAAGAAGAUGGGCAUGACCCAGCCAGCCGGAGGGGCAGCAGCUGCUCCAGGUGCAGCACCUGCUUCACAAGCAGCAGCAGGAGGAGGAGGUGCAGCUGGAGGCCAGCAGGACUAUAGUGCAGCCUGGGCUGAGUACUACCGACAGCAGGCCGCUUACUAUGGACAGGGAGGGCAGGCACCUGGACAGGCUGCUGGUCCACAGCAGGGACAACAGGCUUAAUAACUGACUGGCUUGGUCAGUCGGACGGUUGCAGCGGCUCUCUGGACUUUUUCUUUUUUCCCCACAUCAAGAGAUUUCCUUUUGGCUU